GAGACGGCGGUGCCCGGGGCCCGCGGCGGCGGCGGCGGCAGCAGCGAGGGGGGCGAAGAUGGCGGACGUGCUCAGCGUCCUGCGACAGUACAACAUCCAGAAGAAGGAGAUUGUGGUCAAGGGGGAUGAAGUGAUCUUCGGGGAGUUCUCCUGGCCCAAGAAUGUGAAGACCAACUAUGUAGUUUGGGGGACUGGAAAGGAAGGCCAACCCAGAGAAUACUACACAUUGGAUUCUAUCUUAUUUCUACUUAAUAAUGUGCACCUUUCGCAUCCUGUUUAUGUCCGACGUGCGGCUACUGAAAAUAUUCCUGUGGUUAGAAGACCUGACCGGAAAGAUCUACUUGGAUAUCUCAAUGGGGAAGCAUCAACAUCAGCAAGCAUAGACAGGAGUGCCCCAUUGGAAAUAGGUCUUCAGCGGUCCACUCAAGUCAAAAGAGCUGCAGAUGAAGUUUUAGCAGAAGCAAAGAAACCACGAAUUGAGGAUGAAGAGUGUGUGCGUCUUGAUAAAGAGAGAUUGGCAGCUCGUUUGGAAGGCCAUAAAGAAGGGAUUGUGCAGACUGAACAGAUUAGGUCUUUGUCUGAAGCCAUGUCAGUGGAAAAAAUUGCUGCAAUCAAAGCCAAAAUUAUGGCCAAGAAAAGAUCUACUAUCAAGACUGAUUUAGAUGAUGAUAUAACUGCCCUUAAACAGAGGAGUUUUGUGGAUGCUGAGGUAGAUGUGACCAGAGAUAUUGUUAGCAGAGAGAGAGUGUGGAGGACAAGGACAACUAUCUUACAGAGCACAGGAAAGAAUUUUUCCAAGAAUAUUUUUGCAAUUCUUCAAUCGGUAAAAGCCAGAGAAGAAGGACGUGCCCCUGAACAACGGCCUGCUCCAAAUGCAGCCCCUGUGGAUCCCACAUUGCGUACAAAGCAGCCUAUUCCAGCUGCCUACAACAGAUAUGACCAGGAAAGAUUCAAAGGCAAAGAAGAAACGGAAGGCUUUAAGAUCGAUACUAUGGGCACCUACCAUGGCAUGACACUGAAAUCCGUAACGGAAGGUGCAUCUGCCCGUAAGACUCAAACUCCUGCCGCCCAGCCUGUACCUAGACCAGUUUCGCAAGCAAGACCUCCCCCAAAUCAGAAGAAAGGGUCAAGAACUCCCAUUAUUAUUAUUCCUGCAGCUACCACUUCUCUAAUCACCAUGCUGAAUGCGAAAGACCUUCUGCAGGACCUCAAAUUUGUCCCAUCAGAUGAAAAGAAGAAACAGGGUUGUCAACGGGAAAAUGAAACACUAAUACAGAGAAGAAAAGAUCAGAUGCAACCAGGGGGCACAGCAAUUAGUGUCACAGUACCUUACAGAGUAGUAGACCAGCCCUUGAAACUUAUGCCUCAAGACUGGGAUCGGGUUGUAGCUGUUUUUGUGCAAGGCCCUGCUUGGCAGUUCAAAGGUUGGCCAUGGCUUCUACCUGAUGGAUCACCAGUUGACAUAUUUGCUAAAAUUAAAGCCUUCCAUCUCAAGUAUGAUGAAGUUCGUCUAGAUCCAAAUGUUCAAAAAUGGGAUGUAACAGUAUUAGAACUCAGCUAUCACAAGCGUCAUUUGGAUAGACCAGUUUUCUUACGUUUCUGGGAAACAUUGGAUAGAUACAUGGUAAAACAUAAAUCCCACUUGAGAUUCUGAAUCAUUUGAUUCCUCCUUUUCUGAAAACUUGGAUUUUAAAGCAUGGAUAUAGCUUGAUCUACAGACUGAAACCCAAGCUUUAUGAAUUCAUCAAGAACUUGCAAAUGAAGAAGGUCACAGAGCAGUCUUUUGUAAGACCUUGUUUGAUGCUGUGUGCUUCAAAGGGGCAAUGCCUCCCAUCCAUACAAGCAAACUUUUUUGGCUUACAACUAUUUUUUUAAUAUUAGCCUAGUCUGUAAUGGAAAUUGUAUAUUUUGAUAGAAGUUUUUUCUCUAUUGGUUAAAUUAGCAUUACUUAAAAUUUGUUUCUUUAGAAAUAAAUACAGGUUAUAAAUGUGUGUAUAUUUAGAAGUUAUUAGGCUCUUUAAGCCAUCUUGCUUCUGAUUUUUCAUUGCUCUAUGAUUCCUUUUACUGGAAAAUACUGUCAUGGAGUGGUAUUAAAUUUAAGGUUCUAGAACUUCAAAACCCCAUCAAAGGGAAAUAACUAUUAAAUCAAUUGAAAGUCAGCCUGUGUGUAUACUAUGUCUAUACUAACUCGUUUAAAAAGGAAUAAUGAAAAAUCAAGAACAAGUCUUCUGUUUCAGUAACUGUUCAGCCUUUUCAAGAUUUCUUUUGUAAAUGAAUACAUUUAAUGAAUGUACAUUCUCUUUGUUGACUUUGAUGAUUUUAAACUUAAAGUGAUAUAUUUCUAUCUGGGAUGUGUUUCCACUUGAAAAGAAAUCUCAAAAGACAAAGAUUAACGUGUAAUAGGUUAUAGUGAUUUUUACUUGGGAAGCUGAGGUAUGAUUUGGGGAAUUGAGUGUAUGUCAGCGUAGUUACAGUGUAACUUGAGCCUCUUCUAAGUCUGACUUUGAUUCUUAUUUUAUAUGCACGAUAAGAUUUUGAGUCUUCUAUUUGUACACAUGUCAACUUGGGACUUCUUAUCUUCCAGUAUCCUGAAAUAUUGAUAAAUUCCCAGGCACCAAAGAACACAUUUGCUUACGUGUCUGAACAGAAACAAGAUAAAAACACUGGUAUUUUUAUGUGUGUUCAAUGUGGUAUAAAAUAUAAAAACCUAUAUUUUAACUUAGUAAAAAUAUUUUACUAUUUCUCUACUUUAGACAGAGUGUUGCAUCCAAGCUGCAGUGAAUGACCGUGCUCCUUGAGUCUUUUUACUACUUAAGAGGAAUGUUUAUUCUUUGGAACUUAUUUUGCCAUUAGAGCUGUUGUUGACCAUCCCAGCUUGUAUGUUGUUUUCCUCAGUGGCUAUCUCUUAGGUUAUCAGUUGGGGGGAGGGCAGUAAAAACAUUUAGCUCUUUCUUUUAUUCAGGUGAGGAUGCUUAGUCUCUGUAGAAUUUAAUGCCAUCAUAAAGACAAGAAACAAUUAUUUAUCUUAUUAACUUACCACAAAAGUCCAUUAUCUGUAAAAAUGGAAAAGUAUUUAUUCAGGUGGAAUUCAGGGGUCUCUCCAAAAGAACAGCUAGUGUUUUAACUGACUUCAGCACAUUUGUAGUCUCAGUGAAUUCUACCCACAAUUUCCCCUUUUUUAUAUCCUCUUCUUGAUGGUAAAAGAAAACUCACUUUGUUCACAGAGUAUCUCAGCAUACAGAUCUAUUCUUAUAUUAUGUAUGGAAUAAACUUUCUCCCUAAUGAAAUAGUCAGUGACUCAAAUCUGAAAUACUUUAAUGUAAAGAUUACUUGUUAGGACUACUGCAAAGGACAUAACUACUACCUUUCUUUGAGGAUGUUUGCUACUUAUUCUUAGUAUCUGAAGUUUACUUGAUAACAAAAUAUGGUUAAAAUUAAUAUCUUCUUUGAACAAGGUUUAUUUUUCUAUUUAAGUUUGCUUUGUGUAUAGUAUAGGUCUACUCUGUAACAUUAGUAAAUCUAGAACUAUGCUUUCCAUGUAUCCUGAAAUCAGGUCCUUUGUGUGCACUAGCAUUUCUUGUUUUAUUUUUAUGAUUAAAAGAAAAAAAUUCAAGUAAGCAAGGUAAUGAGUUUCAUGAUAGCAUUUUGAUGGAUACAUGUCAUUUUUACUUUGAUCUUUUCCCACGCCCUACUGUUGUCCCUAGCUCUCUUGCCUUUAUUUUGCUUUUGUUGUUUCUAGCACAUCUUUCUCUUUUUCUUCUUUACCCUUCCUUAAUAACUCUUCUUCCUUCUGCAUCAUAGUCUCCUUUCUUUCACUACCUACACACAGACAUGUACAUAAAUUUUAGUUUUUUUUUAAGCCUCGACAUUUUGGUCCUUUAAGUAGGAUUAUAAAAUUUUAUAAUGGUUAAUUAUAAAAA